AUGCUUCGAUGUUUAUUUUUACUGACUGCUUGCUGCUGCUGUGUCCGCAUUCCGUAAAUUUUCUCAAUGGUUGUGCAGUCGUUUGUGAGCUUGUGGCGAAUACAGUCGCCACAGCGCGUUUUAUCUUCACCGUUUUCUUUUUCAAGUAGUCCUCAACUUAGAAUUUGUUGUCGUGCACACACAAUUUUCUAAUUCGCUUUAAUUACGGCAUCGAUAGCAAAUUUAUAUGCGAAGGAAAUAAUAAAUUGUGUACAAAACCCAGCAUAAGAACAAACGGUAAAUCGUUUGAAUCAAACUAGUUCGUGGCAUUAUAUUUAAGCAAAGAGUGUGAAUGAUAAGAAACAAGCAUCAAUUCAAGUCAGUGUGAUACUAAGUGCGAGGCAAAAAAGGCUAGAACAUAUUAAAAACGGAUUAUGGUUUUGAAGUGAAUGUUGAGUGCUUCUUAUCAUCCAGCCUGCCAAAUGCCGAACAUGUCUCGGAGGAGAUGAAACAAAAUCUCGCUUCUAAUUCGCAAUUAAAUUGUGUACGUACGAGAGCAAGCGAAUAAUAUGUGCUGAAUGUUAUUACUAUUGCUGGUGAUGUUGUUGUUGGCAUACAUAACAAAACGUCAGUCAGUCAAUCUUCGAGUGAGUUUCUAUAUACAAUGGUGAGAGAUAACCACAAAAACCCACGGAUGACAAAUAAGGAAAUAGAAGAUUCACGCGUCAUUUUUCGCCAGCGAAUCACUUGUUUUGUUUAUUGUUUGUCCCAUUGUUGUUCGUGUGUGUCGAGUCAUCAAGGCAAUUUCUGUUUGUUUUGUUGCUGCAACACCAACUGUACUGAACUGCAAAAAAUUUGAUGAUCCAACUAAUAAGAGACAUAUAAACUUUAAUUUGUGACGGUAUCACAAGACAGAGAAAAAAGUGUGUGAAGAAGUUUUUAAUUUUGUUCAUUUAUUGCACCCAAAGCACAUGAAUUUUAUUGUACUGAAUCACAUGAAGACAACAGAAAAAAAGUGAAGAAUAACAUACAACAACACGUUGAAUAGGGGAAAAAAUUAAGAGUAAAUUGUUUCGUAACACAAAUUCUAGUGUGACAAAGCGUGUGUUUUAGUUUCCAUAGAAAGUUUUUAUUUUGCUUGUGAUCAAUGUUAUGACCCGAAAAUCGCGACAUUAUAAAAAAAAUGUGAUAUGUGAAUGGAUUUUAUAGCGACGACGACAACAAACAAACACGAAUAUUUUCGUAGAAAUUAAAAACCUGAUUUUUUUUUCUAUUUCAUUCACGAAUGAAUUUACAUUUUCGACGGCAAAAGAAUUGCUCUUUGGUGUGUGGAUUAAUUUUCGGUGAAAUAAACAACACAAUAACCGAUUAACAAGAAUCGCUAAAACAUUCUUUUUUAUUCGACAAAUAAGCACACGAGUUAUUGAUGACGCAAGCGUUUGAAUUUUUGCACAGCAGUCGAUAACACGCACAUUGUAAAGCCCGGGAUUGAUUGAAUCACAUCAAGAGAGUGUCGAAGAAACGCCUUAGUCACCGUACGAGUCAAGUUUUAUUAAAUAGUCAACACCACCAAAGUAAUUAUUAGUAAUGUGAAAGAUAAACGUUGUGCACGUAUACGAAGCAGCGAAGCACAAGAGCACAACAAAGUAAAGUACGAGAGCACAGCAGCAACAAACACAGUGUAGUGAAACAUCGGCGACAACGACGACGAAACACGGCAAAGCAUGCAAAUGUUUAAACAGAACACGCAAUGACUAAUAAAUGACAAAUAUGAAAAAGGUUUAUGCAAGAGACAAACAACUCGCAUAUAAAUAUUCUCAUCAUCACAAACGACCGCAAUGAGCCAAACUGUAUGUGAAUGACGGCGAUAAAAUUGGAACAAUUUUAGUACACGAAGAACAAAUUCAAUUAAACGUGCAAUAAAACGACGGAGCUCAAUUUAAUUGGGUACAAUUUAUUAUUAUUAGGCAAAAACGAAGGAGAAAAUAAAAAUCAAAGAGAAAUUGUAGCCUGUGUAGAGAGGAAGUAAUUUGCAAGAGUCAUAACCGUUUCUUUCCGUGCGCGCGGAGCGAGAGCGAAACUCUCAAACACACAUUAUCAUGUCAACAUUACAAACGGAACGGAAACCAAGUGUUUCCACGUGGUUUUCAUCGUUACGACGACAACCCAAACCGAAAAAAGUCCUAGCAUCAAAGAAACAGUUGCAAAAAAGUUGUGUCGAUUUGUCAUCGAUACCAAACGAUGUGAAAUCGUUGCCAGCAUCUGUAACGAAUAGUCCAAAGUUGAAAAAUGGUUUCUUUCGUGAGAAUUAUUUUUGUUUGUCACCAUUGAAAUCAUUGGCAAAUGGCACAAAAUCGAAUUCACUCGAUUCGAGUGACACACCAAAAUCGCCACCAUCGAAUAAAUCGUCAAAAAUGCGCACAUACAGCACCACAAGCAGCCGAAGCAAUGGCAGCUCGAGUAGCUCGGGUACGGAUUCAAACAGAGGUCAAACUAUAACCAAAAUUACAAAAGUCACUAAAACGACUGUGAUCACAACCACGGCUGCCUCCGCCAUCACCCUAUCGCACGCAUCAAACAAUCGUCUUAAUCGCAUUGGCACCAUAUUCGACGAUGAAGGCCAAUUAAUCAGCAAUUUAGAUGUGUACAAAAAUUAUACGAACAGUUUUCGAAGUAAUAUCAUCAAAAAUGACAGCGCCAGUAGCUGUAGCAGUGGUAGUCAAAAGCAUAUAAAUAAUAACAGUGUAUCACAAUCGAAUAAUAACGGUGCACAAGUGAGAUUUGUCGAUGACAACGACGACAACGACAAAUAUGAGUUAACCAGCGAUAACAAUGACACAAAGACAAAAGGCAACACAGCGAUUAGUUACAUUAGCGUUAGUGGCGGCAGCGGCGGCGGUGGUGGUGAUGACGAUAGCGGUACAUCGUGUAAAAAAAGUGCCAGUAUCAAUAGCAUAACGAAUCGUCCGUUCAAAUCGAAUAGUUUGAAUUUAGACGAUGACAUUGAAUUUAUUGACACUUCAUCUAGUCUGAGCGAUAUCGGCGGCAGUGGUGGUAUUGAAAGUAAUUUUGGCUCACUUGAAAAUACGAGCAUGUACUAUAAUACAUUGCCCAAACUACCGAAAUCCUGUGCCACAUGCAAAACACAGCAACAACAACAAAAACAACAAGCCAAAUCGAAAUCCGACUGGAAUAUUAGCGUACAUAAAAAGCAAAUCAAGGAUGAGUUAUGUGAAGUGGUAGCUGAAAUGGAAACGCUAGACCUACAAGAAGACUGCAAACAUUCCAAUAAAGAUAAGCAAAUGUCAAUUGGUCGAAAGAAAUUCAAUAUGGAUCCCAAGAAAGGAAUCGAGUACUUGUGCGAAAACAAUUUGCUACAAAUGGAUGCACAAGAUGUUGCCCAUUUCUUGUACAAAGGCGAAGGUCUGAAUAAAACUGCCAUUGGCGAUUAUCUUGGCGAAAAAAAUGACUUCAACGAACAGGUUUUGAAGGCAUUUGUGGAAUUGCAUGAUUUCACCAAUCUCAUUUUAGUGCAGGCUUUAAGACAAUUUUUAUGGUCAUUUCGAUUGCCGGGCGAGGCACAGAAGAUCGAUCGCAUGAUGGAGUGUUUUGCGCAACGCUAUUGUCAAUUAAAUCCGGAUAUAUUCACAAAUACGGAUACGUGUUAUGUACUUAGUUUUGCCAUAAUCAUGUUGAAUACGUCAUUGCACAAUCCAUCGGUGAAGGAUAAACCGAGUGUGGAGCAGUUUAUCUCAAUGAAUCGUGGCAUAAACAAUGGCGGCGAUUUACCACGUGAAUUAUUGGUAUCACUGUACGAGUCAAUACGAACGGAACCAUUUAAAAUACCACAAGACGAUGGUAACGAUUUAAUGCAUACAUUCUUCAAUCCCGACAAAGAAGGUUGGCUGUGGAAACAAGGCGGCAGAUACAAAUCAUGGAAACGACGAUGGUUCAUUCUCAAUGAUAACUGUUUGUACUAUUUUGAGUACACGACAGAUAAGGAGCCGAGAGGCAUUAUUCCAUUAGAAAAUAUUUUGGUGCGAGAAAUUCAUGAUCGAAGUAAGCCACACUGUUUCGAGUUAUACGCUUGCGGUGGUGCGGAUAUCAUAAAAGCAUGCAAAACCGAUUCCGAAGGAAAGGUUGUCGAAGGCAAACAUUCCGUCUACCGAAUGUCAGCAGCAACGGAAGAGGACAAACAAGAAUGGAUAAAAUGCUUAACAUCGUCCAUUUCACAUAAUCCAUUUUACGAUAUUUUGGUACAGCGAAAGAAGAAAGCGCUCACCGUUAGCUAAUGCCCAGGGCGAUGUAACAUGACAACAAACUACGUGCAAAAUGAACAUAUCGAUUGGAUUUGCAGCAACGAUGAAAUGCUAAAUCCAAAAUGAAACCAAAACAAACGACAACUUCUCAUAUCAAAACCAGAUUUUAAGAAAAUGCAACCGAGAUUUUGUACGAUUUGCACACAAAGUGCGACAACACAACAAUGCUCGAAAAAAAAACAUCAUCAACGCAAAAUCCGUUCGAAAUACACACAUCAUAUUCAUUUUUAAUCGUUUUUAACAUGAAAACAAGCAACAAAAACACAAUGGAAAAACUUUUUAAUCUACACAGAGAGCGAAAGAGAAAAUAUCAUCAUCAGAACAUCAUCCAAAGUUGAACAAAACAAUUUGCAAACAUUUUAAAAAGUAUAUAGAUGUAUCGAAAGCGAGACAAGAGUUUUUAAUCAAAGUUUUUAAAUCACAAGCAUGUAAAUAAUUGAUUUUAGAGCAUACGUUAAAUUUAGAAUGUAUAUAUACGCAUACAGCAAGAACAAUUUUUUUUAUAUAUAAUCGAUUCGAGCAACAGAGAAGAAACAAAGUUUGGAAUAAAAUAUUACUAUGUAUAAGAAAGUCGAUAGUUGCAUUUUUAUCGCGCGAUUUAUUAAACCAUGUCAUACAACUUUUUUUUCUUCGUUUGUAAAUAUCGCCAUUUAUGAAUGAACAAUAUACAACUGUUGAGUUUAGCGAUUGAAAUGAAAGGAAAAAUUGAGAAUGAGUUUAUCUUCUUUUGAAGCGGAAAAACAGAUCAAAGAAGAAAAAGAAAGUGAAUGAGAAAAAAAAAAACCAUAGACAAAUAUGUUAACUUCCUUUUUUCAUGUGAUACACAACAAUUUCGAAAUAUCUAGGAGUUUUAGUUAGUUCGUUUUUUGCCACCCCAUUUUAAAACAAAUCACUUCCAAUAAUAAGAAGAAAAGAGCCAAUUCGAAUAAUGGAGAAUUUUUUUAUGAAAAAAAAAAUGAUGAACAAACAAAACUAAUUUAUUGAAAUCAUCCAUUUGAUUGACUGUUGAAUACAUGUAUUGUGCAUUUUUAAAUGCAUAGCUAUUAAGCGCUAAAACAUUUAUCCUGAUUUGCUAAUAAAUUUUAGUACGUAUUAUGUUUAAGUCAAAAAUAAUCGCUUCGUAAGGAAUUGAAUUUUGCGAACAAUGACAUGAGUUGAUUUUUAUGCUUGAUUCAUACGGCUUCGACAUGCAACAAAAAACGUACAUUUCAGUUGCUAUAAGCUACAUAUAUGCAAAACCACCAGAAAAAAAUGAGUAGCUCUACAUUUCAUGCGGGACUGAACACGAAUCAAUAAUGCUGAGCUUAUGAAAUGAGGAUUAAGGAGCUGUUGUGGAUGUUCCACCCACUUUUUUCCUUCCGUGCAAUCAAAACCGUUUCAACAAAAUCAGUUUCGCGCUUUUAUUUCGUAAACAGGUAUACACGAAAUGAAUGGAAUCUUUUAAAAUUGCGGCAUUGGCAAGCAGAAUAAACAAUAGAAAUCAUUUAUUAUAAUAGAAUUAUAUAAUGGAAAAACAAAGUGACAUAUAAUUACUGAUUUUAAGAACGAAAAAUGGAAUGUUUUCACAGAGAUAUCUUAAGAAAAUGCACAAUAAAAGGUCUCUGUUAAGUUUUGUUCUGGUUCUUUUUCAGCUCAAUGAAAAAAUAAAGAAAAAAAACUUUUGAAAAUGA